AUGGACAUCGACAAGGAUGUGACUGAGCAAUGGAUGGCCCUGCAUGCUGAGGGUAGAGGUAUGGUGGAGGAUCGUAUCAUUACAAGUCUGCCAGUGGAGUCUCUCGAGAAGCACUUGGCGAUUGUUCAUGCCCCUCAUGGACGCUUACCAGGAUUCUAUCGUAAAGAAUACCAUGCAAUGAGGGGUGAAAAGUUCAUCAGUCCUAGCACUCGAGACAACUACCGGACACGCCACCUUGCCAAGUGCAUGUUCUUCGAACUCGGCCAUUGGACAUCCCUCAACAAGCUAUGGCAAGUCACUCUUGUUGUUGUUAGAGAUUCCUCGAUAAACUUUGACUCUGGCCGGUUAAUUCUUCUCGUCACUUGCAACCUACACUCCUCCUCUCACGCUGUCUCAUUCACUGGCUCUGUUCGAAUCUCACUUCAAGACCACAUUAUGGGGACUCCAACUCACACGUAUAUACCGAGUCGACAGCUCGGUGGCACGCGACGUACCUUCUCGGAGCCACUUCGACUAGAUGAAGUUCAUUCUUCUGCAGUAUUGGAGUAUGACCUAGGCAUUUACACAACCGACCUGCUCAAUCUAGGCGAGUUGCCCCCCCUAUGA